GGUAUUUACAGGAUUACAUGUAUUUACAGUCUUGUAGUUAUUUACAGUCUUGUAGUUAUUUACAGUCUUGAGGAUAUUUACAGUCAUGAGAAUAUUUACAAUCUUGAGAAUAUAUACAGUCUUGAGGAUAUUUACAGUCAUGUGGAUAUUUACAGUCUUGAGGAUAUUUACAGUCUUGAGCAUAUUUACAGUCUUAGGCAUAUUUACAAUCUUGAAGGUAUAUACAGUCUUGGAGAUAUUUACAGUCUUGAGCAUAUUUACAGUCUUGAGAAUAUUUACAAUCUUGAAAUUAUGUACACAGUCUUGGAGGUAUUUACAGGGUUACAUGUAUUUACAGUCUUGUAGUUAUUACAGUCAUGAGGAUAUUUACAGUCUUGAAGAUUUUUACAGUCUUGAAGAUAUUUACAGUCUUGAAGAUAUUUACAGUCUUGAGGAUAUUCACAGUCUUGAGGAUAUUUACAAUCUUGAAGUUAUGUACACAGUAUUGGAGGUGUUUACAGAGUUACACAUAUUUACAGUCUUGAGGAUAUUUGCGGUCUUGGAGAUAUUUACAGGCAUGACAGUACUUACAUGGUAUAUUGUGUACGCAGCACCAGAAUUUGAGAAUUUGAGUGUUUUGUAUAGGUAAAGCUUAUGAAGUAAAGAGGGCAUGUUUCAAGUAAAAAAAGAUAUAUGGUAAGUGCAAAGGGUAUAUGGUCUAAAGGGUAUAUG